AGGGUAAGAAAGAUAAAUAGAUAGGCAGAUAGAGUGAUGGAUAUAUAGACAGAGUAAGGUGAAAGAAAUAACAGCAGAACGACAGAAUCUGCUGCGUGUGUGUGACUUAAGUGUGGCGGGAGGGAUAAAGUACCGAUAUAAGCAGCCGACAACAUUGUCGGUUUGGAGAUGUUACAAACUGUAUGGGAGAUUUUUAUUCUGUAUGUUUUACUUCGGAUUGCGUUAGCGACCCAAUUACGCAAUAUAAUAGCUUAUUAGUUAAUCACUUUGAUUGAGUUACAUCCUCUUAUAGCAGGUAAAGAAAAUUCAUUAAAAUAAAUUUUCACGUGCACGUAGACACACACAUUUAUAUAUAUACAUACAUACAUACAUACAUAAUACAUACAUACACACCUCACAUCUCACAUAUAUGUACACAUACACAUAUAUAGAUACGCACUCAUAUGCACACACACGUACAUACACAUACACAUACAUAUAUAUAUAUUAUAGCAACAUCUGAUCCCAGAAAAAUAUAUAUUUAUACUUAUACAUAUAUUUUUUAUCAAAUUUAUACAAUUUUUGAAUUGAUUCAAUCAAUUUCUCUUUGCUUGAAUAUCAACCAAUAUUAGGAGGAAAACUGGCGUGUCUUUGUUACCAACACCCCCCUCCCCCCGUGUCUCUUUCUCCUACUAUUAAGUGCUUCCGUCGAAAGCGGAAGUUAGACAUGAGCUAAACCUUGGACCAAUUUAAUAAUGACCGGGACUCUAAAAAUCUGAUUAAGACUAAAAAGCAAACAACAACAACAAAAAAAACUUGAAAGCGUCUGUAGUUUUAAUAAGGAAAAGUGAAUUCUAACUGAAAGUUGCCAGCAACAACGUAUUCAUACGAGCUCGUGAGUUUUUGAAAAGUUAUCGGAUUACUUGCCAAAUUGGAUGUUUUUUGUGUCGUUUUAGAGUGGAGCCGUACCAUAGAGAGCCAUGAAUGAAGUAAUAAUGGAAUUCCGACAGAACUAUACCUACGGGUAUAUAGUGGAAUACAUCCCAGAAAACCACACCAGAUGUUCGAGUUGGAUUCUUGUGCCAGGAGAAAACCUUUGGCUUCAUACAACACGAGGUGUGAUUUAUAUAAUAGCCAUACUGUACAUAUUUUUAGGAAUUGCUAUUGUCUCCGAUUUAUUCAUGAGUAGUAUUGAGGUAAUUACCAGCCAGAAGAGAACAGUCUACAAGUGGGAUGAAGAGCGGCAGGAGAGAAUUGCAAAAGAAGUAAUGGUGUGGAACGAAACUGUUGCCAAUCUUACACUUCUAGCUCUUGGAAGCAGUGCUCCAGAGAUAUUAUUGGCCACAAUAGAGAAUGUUUUAAGGCUUGGGGAACAAGGCGGGGAGAAAAACCUUGGUACUUUUACCAUUGUAGGUAGCGCUGCUUUCAAUUUGUUAAUGAUAACCUCCGUUUGUAUAUCCAGUUUACCAAAUGACAAAGUUAAAAAAAUCAAAACGUUUGGAGUAUUUAUUACAACGUCUGUCUGGUCUCUAUGGGCUUAUAUAUGGAUGUAUAUCGUAACAGCUUUCAUCUCUCCCGGAGUUGUAACUAUUUGGGAAGCCUGGGUAACUUUCCUAUACUUCCCUGCCUUCGUACUCCACGCCUACGCACAAGAUAACGGCUGGUGGAUAUGUAAACGAAAGAAACAAUCACCAACAGUCAUUACUGAGGAUCCUCCAUCAGUUGGCAUGAGAGUGGUUCAUCACACAAACGUUCAUGCCGCAAUGCACGCUGGGAAAAUGCAGCGUGUUCCGUCAGAAACGUCAGAUGAUGGACGUAGUGUCGUCAUCACUUGCACUGAAAUUGAACCGACCAGCGGAAACCGUGUUUUAACAGCUCGAAGGUCCGGACACGAACCCCAGGCAUUUGCGAGAGCGAGGUCGGCAUCAGUGCAGUCAAGCUCAUCUCAUGCAUCUCUCAGAUUCCGUCACGCUGCCUUCAAUGUACUUCUUGGGCGAAGGAAAACUACCCGACGCCACAGUGCCGGACAAAUCGAACAUGUUUAUAUUGGCGGCCAUUCACAUAAAUGGUUAGAUCUCAUGUACAUGAAAGGAUGGUCACCUAACAAAGGAGUGAGUUCAGGUUACUUCCUGUUCGCUUCUGAAAAGUAUAGCAUUUUUGAAGGUGGUGGUGUACUGGAAGUUGAUGUUCUUUUUGCGAGAGCUUUACAAAUUCCUGAAAGAAAAAAAGCCGUAAGUUUUGACUAUUCAUACUUUCAUUUUAUUAAGGAUUAUAUGUCUUACUUUGCUUAAAAAAAAACAACAUGCUUUUAAUGCAAUCAGAAGCUAUCAAAUUAGGUCUAACUAAUUGGGGAACAUCUAAAUUUUGAAUAUGUAUUCUACAAGAGAGCAAUUUCAAAUUGAACUAUGGACAGCAAUAUUCCAGUUAGCUUUUUAAUGAUACUGAUUAUAAAAUAUUG